AUUGGAAGAUUUAGUGAUAGAGCCAACAUAUCUCAUGGCGUAUCUUUCAAAAGCAAGGUCGUUAGCCGCGCUCAUGCUCAGAUGUGGACAGAGAAUAGCAAGGUGUUUAUAAGUGACAUGAAUUCAUCGAGCGGAACAUAUCUGAAUCAUGUCCGGAUUGGUACGCCUGGGACGCGGAGCAAUGCACAUGAGGUGUCCAACGGUGACAUAGUGCAGCUAGGGAUGGACUUUCAAGAGGGGGUGGAACCAAUGUAUCGUGCGGUUAAGAUGCGUGUCGAAAUCAAUCCACCUUCUACGGCACCAAUAAGCCAAUACAAUCUUGACGCAUUUGAGCAACUUCAACAGAGACUUAUCCAAACAAUACCUUCACAAAGUGACUCUGAUAAUAUCCAAGAAUGCUGUAUAUGUCUCUAUGCCAUUGCACCCUUACAAGCCUUAUUUGUUUCGCCAUGCUCUCAUGUGUAUCAUUAUCGGUGUAUCCGUCCAAUAAUUGUUCAAAAUUAUCCUGCAUUUGCGUGUCCUAUCUGUCGCGGCUACUACGAUCUGGAAUCCAGUGUG